ACAAUCGUGUCGCCCAUGCGAUGAUUAGAGCCAAACAAAAAAUAUAUUUGCUUAAAGUCUAGAUCAAUUGUUAUUUUUGUUGUGCUUUGGGCGAUAAACAUAACAUUUGCACCCACACUGUUACGCCUAAAAAAGAAGUGACGAUUGAAAAGUCGAUAACAAUUUUCUUUGGGUCUUUUCAAACUUGCGGAGUGUAUAUGUACAUACAUAAAUUCUUUUUGUGUAAAUGUCGAUAAACAUUUUUGCCAGUGACCCAACCAAUUCUAUUAGUUUAGUCUUAUUAUACCUAGCAUGAAAUUUUUUGUAGUAGUAAUCAUCGAAUCGCGUUUAAUUGUGGGAGAAUGAGUAACUACAUGUGAGCCGAGCCGAGCCAUUGGAUGAGCGACUGCCCACGGCUUACGCAUAUUUAUUUCUUUUUUAUCUCGAGUUUGCAAAACUGUCAUUGUUGACGUUGUACGAAAAGGAAAGUGUCAGAGUGAAAGGACGACGACGACGCGGGCGAACAUCGAAAUUCCCAUUGUAGAGAAUUACAUAUGUAGUUUGUUAACAAGAAUACUGCUGUAUUGCAAUUGCAGAAGUGUGCGGUGCAGAAAACGCUGAACGCUGAACGCUGAGCGCAGAGAUUAAAACACAAAACAACUGGACGAGGCAGGAAUAGACGUCCGUCGCGCAGUUCGAUUUCGAUCUAAAUCACAGAACCUAAUCUAUACAAAUUGUGAAAAUGGAUAGCCUUAUAACGAUUGUAAAUAAGCUGCAAGAUGCGUUCACAUCGCUUGGCGUGCACAUGCAAUUGGAUCUGCCGCAGAUCGCGGUGGUCGGCGGUCAAUCAGCUGGCAAAAGUUCUGUUUUGGAGAACUUCGUUGGCAAAGAUUUCUUGCCCCGAGGCUCUGGUAUUGUGACCCGUAGACCUCUAAUAUUGCAACUGAUCAAUGGAGUUACAGAGCAUGGCGAGUUCCUUCACUGCAAAGGCAAAAAGUUUACAAGCUUUGAUGAGAUCAGAAAAGAGAUCGAAGAUGAAACGGAUCGUGUGACCGGAAGUAACAAAGGCAUUUCAAACAUUCCAAUUAAUUUGCGCGUGUAUUCGCCGCAUGUUCUCAAUCUGACUCUGAUUGAUUUGCCAGGCCUAACAAAGGUGGCAAUCGGCGAUCAGCCAGUGGACAUUGAGCAGCAAAUUAAGCAGAUGAUAUUCCAAUUUAUUCGCAAAGAGACUUGCUUAAUUCUGGCUGUGACCCCGGCCAACACCGAUCUGGCCAACUCGGAUGCGCUCAAGCUGGCAAAGGAGGUGGAUCCGCAGGGAGUGCGCACCAUCGGUGUGAUAACAAAGCUCGAUCUUAUGGACGAGGGCACCGAUGCCCGUGACAUUCUCGAGAACAAGCUGCUUCCCCUGCGACGUGGCUACAUUGGCGUGGUGAAUCGCUCACAGAAGGAUAUCGAGGGACGCAAGGAUAUCCAUCAGGCUCUUGCCGCCGAGCGCAAGUUCUUCUUGAGCCAUCCAUCCUAUCGUCACAUGGCCGAUCGUCUUGGAACUCCCUACUUGCAAAGGGUCCUCAACCAACAACUCACUAACCACAUACGGGAUACGUUACCUGGCCUGCGAGACAAGUUGCAAAAGCAGAUGCUCACCUUGGAGAAGGAGGUUGAAGAGUUCAAACACUUUCAGCCAGGCGAUGCCAGCAUCAAGACAAAGGCUAUGCUCCAAAUGAUUCAGCAGCUGCAGUCCGACUUUGAGCGAACAAUUGAAGGCAGUGGCUCGGCUUUGGUCAACACAAAUGAGCUCUCAGGUGGCGCCAAGAUCAAUCGCAUUUUCCAUGAGCGACUUCGCUUCGAGAUAGUUAAGAUGGCAUGCGAUGAAAAGGAAUUACGACGAGAGAUCUCAUUUGCAAUUCGAAACAUUCACGGUAUUCGCGUUGGCCUCUUCACACCCGACAUGGCGUUCGAGGCCAUUGUUAAAAGGCAAAUUGCGUUGCUCAAGGAGCCGGUUAUAAAGUGUGUCGAUCUAGUCGUGCAGGAACUUUCGGUGGUUGUGCGCAUGUGCACAGCUAAAAUGAGUCGAUACCCACGUUUACGCGAGGAAACAGAACGUAUUAUCACAACACAUGUUCGCCAACGCGAGCACAGUUGCAAGGAACAAAUCCUUCUGCUUAUCGAUUUUGAGCUGGCCUACAUGAACACCAACCAUGAGGAUUUCAUUGGUUUCGCCAACGCUCAAAACAAAUCAGAGAAUGCCAAUAAAACUGGCACUCGUCAGCUUGGCAACCAAGUUAUUCGCAAGGGUCACAUGGUCAUACAAAACCUUGGUAUCAUGAAAGGUGGAUCGCGUCCCUAUUGGUUUGUGUUAACAUCCGAGAGUAUCUCCUGGUACAAGGACGAGGAUGAGAAAGAAAAGAAAUUUAUGCUGCCGUUGGAUGGUUUAAAAUUGCGUGAUAUUGAACAGGGAUUUAUGUCAAUGUCUAGACGUGUUACAUUUGCUUUAUUUAGUCCCGAUGGACGUAAUGUUUAUAAGGACUACAAACAACUGGAGCUGUCCUGCGAGACUGUCGAGGAUGUGGAGUCGUGGAAAGCUUCUUUCUUGCGAGCUGGUGUCUAUCCCGAAAAGCAAGAGACUCAGGAAAACGGGGACGAGGAAGGACAAGAGCAACAAUCGGCCAGUGAGGAGAGUUCCACCGAUCCACAGCUAGAACGCCAGGUCGAGACCAUUCGCAAUCUGGUUGACUCCUACAUGAAGAUCGUUACGAAGACCACGCGCGACAUGGUGCCCAAAGCGAUUAUGAUGCUCAUAAUUAACAAUGCCAAGGACUUUAUCAACGGAGAGCUUCUGGCACAUCUCUACGCAUCUGGUGAUCAGUCCCAGAUGAUGGAGGAGUCCGCCGAGUCGGCCACACGGCGAGAGGAGAUGCUGCGUAUGUACCGCGCCUGCAAGGAUGCAUUGCAGAUUAUAGGCGACGUGUCCAUGGCAACGGUGUCCCAGCCAUUGCCUCCUCCGGUUAAGAAUGAUUGGCUACCCAGUGGCCUGGAUAAUCCACGCCUCUCACCUCCAAGUCCGGGUGCUCCACGCAAGCCAGCACCUUCCGCACAGGGCACCAUGGGUGGACGGAACCCACCGUUGCCGCCAGCUACAGGUCGCCCAGCUCCAGCGAUCCCGAAUCGCCCAGGAGGUGGUGCACCACCACUACCUGGCGGUCGUCCCGGAGGAGCUCUGCCCCCACCAAUGCUACCGUCACGUCGUUAAAUUUGUUGUCGGCAUCGAGAUUCUAUAUGUACGUCUAGGGGAUGAACCUUCAAAAAGUAGCUUGCUGACGAUUUAACCAACACAGUACCCAAUUCUACUUUCAACAAUUGAACUUUGAUAUUAUUCCGGCAAAAUCCAAAAUAACAACAACGAUGGGAAAUCGAUACAAUUAAAUCGCUUGCGUAUCAUUGUAGUCAAUAUAUAACCUGAAACGUUAAAACUGAUAUAAAUUCUUAAUAUGUGAAAAGCAACUAGUCGAGAUGCACAUGAUUUCUUUAAUUCCAUAAGAUGUUUUUCGUAAUAUCUACUUUCCUGUGUAGAUAUACAAUAUACAUAUGUACAAAUGUAUAUGCAUUUGUUCGUGCAUGUCUAAUUAUUAUAUUAUUUGAUGUCCCUUUAUCAAUGGCAUACGCUCAAAAGUUAUGUAAACUAUUUGUAUGGGCAAAUGCUUAGUGACGAUAUUAUAUUAACCAAUUAUCUUAAUUAUAUAGCUAACUAUUAAUAAAUAGCUUUCGUUAACUGCAUUGUGUUGUUGUUGAUGUUAAACUAUAAAACCCAAUUAAAUUAGAAAAUGUUAGGCAAAGCAACGUUAAAAACAUUUAAGGUCAGUCACAAAGUAUUUCCUUGAACUUACAAACAAAACAAAAACAAAACGUAUGUUUAAAUAGUAAAAAAAAACCCCUCCGAUCAAUCAGAAGUCAUUGGGAUUUGUUAGAUUUGCUUUGGUAGGCUAAUUUCUAAAUGCUACCCAUAAAAAAUAAGCAAUAUGAUUAUGCAGCCUUGCGGAAAUUAGAAACUUGUUAAUACUUAAAGGUUUUUGCUUCAACUAUUUGUUCUCUGUAAAGAUUUGGACCCUUUGUAUUGUUAUUUCUGUAAGAAAAUUUAUUUAUUCCCAAUCCGCUUAAAUUCUCCACAAGUUGAAUUGCAAGCUGUCCCGUUUCCAAGAAACGAUAAAGUACACGAUUAAGUUGAUACAACAACUCUGUUGAAUUGUCCAUUCCUUUGCAUAUUUUUAUGUCUAUAAAUAUAUCAAUAUAUUAAAAUAUAAAACAGCUAAAAAAACAUAUUUGAACAAAAACAUAUAAUGAUAUAGGUAUACCAUUUUUUUUUUUAUAACCCAGAAGAAAUUAAGUACAACAUUUGUAAAUGAAUUUCGCAAAGAUUUUUUAAGUGGUUUGUAUCGAUUUCCUCUUGAAUAAAUACAAUUAUUUAAUAUAUACAGCUGUGUGCUUAAUAAUAGCAGUUCGCUAAAUGUUGAAUUAUAAUUUAUUUUAAACCCUUUCUUGCCACGACAAAAUUCAAGAGUCCAUGUCUUUCAAAUGUAAAAUGUAUUAUUUUUAAUGUUGAUUACAAAUAUAAGUCAUGAAAAUACUCUUGUGACUUACUCAAAUGGAUUGUGACGAUGGAAAUAUGAAGCAAAUUAUAUUACAUAUGACCAGUUUACGUAUACACAAAUAAAGUGCAUAAAUAAAUACAUAAAUUGUUCGUA